AUGGGUUUAUAUUCUCCGCCUGAUGGCUCGAAGAAUCCAAACCUGCCUCAGCUAACUCACAAAGAGGAUCCUGGGAAGCCCAAUGAUGAGAAGGCCAUACAAUUUUAUCCCAGACCUAGUUUGGGACUGCGACUCUGGGGGCCCUUAGUUCCAGCUUCCGACAACAGGACGGGGCUUUGGACGUUAGUGGGGGUACAAACGGGUAUCGGACUACUUUGCUUUCAACGCUUUAGGACCUUAGGAAGUAGAAUAAUGAAGAGAGACAUAUCCGAAUUCCCAAGUUUAAAUCGAUUUUCAACGACGCGUGGCGAUAUUUAUAUGGGCGCCCAUGUUGGUACUUCCUUUGGGGGCACUCAUUCUUUUAGAAGAGUCGGGCAUGCUGGCUCGAAUGGGUUUUUUCAGUCAGCCAGAUUCAACACAUUCAAAAGAACGAUGUACUUACUCAGUGGAUCGCUAUUGCUAAGUCAGUCUUUGCUGGAGGCGUGCAGGCUUACAAUUCUGAAAUACGACCCAUGGUAUGAAGAGGCGCACUCGGCCAGGGAAAAGCAGUUCUUUAACGACAUCGUGCGAUACUACCACGAAGGGAUCGAUCCUACAAGAUUCAAGGUGAAAGACGCUGUUAACGGGAACGUUCUGCCAUUGAAUACACCAGAGGUAAAACAAAGCGUUGCCUUUGCGCGUGCAACGGUCGAUGCCGACAGCUGGCUAAUAUCCUGGUUUGGGCCUUUGGAAUACAAGCCUAUGAGUUUUACGGAAUAUUUGGAUAGGCUAGAAUACCACUUAGAAAUGACUGAUUUCAUUCGAAACCGACACUCAAAAGAUGCGACCACACAGUUACUAGGAAGAGCUGUGACGCACAAAAAACAAGAAUAUGACGAGCUGAUGAAGAAAAACGCUCAAACGAGGCAAAAUGUGCAUUCCUUCAUGGAGUCCGCCCCAAAACACAGCAUACCCGUCACCAACAGUCCACGGCAAAGUAGUUUAAAGGGGACGAUAUUGGACUCUAGCCUGCAAGAUCCACAGGAUAUCGAUUUGGCUGAGACCUGGACAACCUUCAAUCCGUGGUUAGAUUUAGCAUUGGAGACUUCGCUAAGCAUCAAGUUUCUGCCAACCGUUCUAAUGUCGGACGAAUCCCAGGCUGAACAAAAUACUCAACUGGCGGAUGAGACCCAGACAGAAAAUAAUGCCCAUCUUACAGAAAGAGGUGAAAUGAGCGGUUCUGGAGCUAGUGGAGCUAACGGUAGUGAUCGUUAA